AUGGGAAGAGUUAGUACAAAACUUAUAAAAAAUGCAUCAAAGCAGUUCGUAGAGAAGCACUACGGAAAUCUUACGUUAGACUUCUACCAGAACAGAGAUGUGCUGGAGUGCUCAUCCAUCAUCAAGGGAAAGAAGGUAAGAAACAAGAUCGCAGGAUACGCCACAAGACUGAUGAAGAGAAUAAGAUACGGAAGAGUGAAGGGCGUCUCUAUUAAAGCCCAGGAAGAGGAGAGAGAAAGAAAAGAAAACUUUGUCCCCUCUGAAAGCAUUAUUGACGUUGAGAGAAUAGAAGUAGACAGUGUAACAAUGGCUAUGAUAAAAGAAGUCGGCCUUACAGGAAGCUUCUUUGUUCCAUCUCUUGAGGCAUAA